GGCAAGCGUCGGGCCGCCAACGAUUCGGGCGCGAGUGGUCUGAUGAGGAGGAAAGCGGGGCCUCUCUGGCGGGGCCGGGGGCAGUAGCGACCCCACGGAACGGGGCUUUCGGUGCUUCCGGAAUAAGCAUGCACCCCGAGACCUCGGAGCCCGUGGUGGACGGGCCGGCGGAGCAGGGCUGCGCGCAGGAGCCGGGCGUGGAGGAGUCGGCGGGCGACCACGGGGACGCAGACCUGGGGGGCCGCAAGGAAGCAAUUGAUGAUCCUAAGGAAACACGUGUGGGUCCUUCUGACCUACGCUACCCAAGCGAGCAGAAACAGAGUGGCGAUAGCGGGGCAGACGGUCACUUAGGACUCCAGACAGAUGACAAGGGAGACCACGGCCCCAGAAUGACUAAAUGUUUUAUACAGAAACUCUGCAAGCAACACCAACUUUAUAUUACCCCAGCAUUGAACGACACACUGUAUUUACACUUUAAAGGUUUCGAUCGCAUCGAGAACCUGGAAGAGUACACGGGGCUGCGUUGCCUCUGGCUGGAGUGCAACGGGAUACAGAGAAUCGAGAAUCUGGAGGCCCAAACCGAAUUGCGAUGUCUCUUCCUGCAAGUGAACUUGCUUCAUAAAAUCGAGAACUUAGAGCCUCUUCAGAAGCUGGAUGCCCUCAACCUGAGCAACAAUUUCAUCAAGACCAUUGAAAACCUCUCCUGCCUGCCGGUCCUGAACACGCUCCAGAUGGCCCACAAUCACUUAGAGACCGUGGAAGACAUUCAGCAUCUAAAGGAGUGUUUGAAACUUUGCGUCCUCGACCUUUCCCACAAUAAGCUGAGUGAUCCCGAAAUCCUGAGCGUCCUGGAGAGCAUGCCUGACUUGCGUGUACUGAAUUUGAUGGGAAACCCCGUUAUCAAGCACAUCGCUAACUAUCGAAGGACAGUCACCGUACGACUAAAACAUCUAACCUAUCUGGAUGACAGACCCGUUUUCCCAAAGGACAGAGCUUGUGCCGAGGCCUGGGCCAGGGGCGGGCUCGCAGCUGAGAAAGAAGAGAGAGAGCAGUGGGAGAGCAGAGAGCGGAAGAAGAUCACGGACAGCAUCGAAGCCCUAGCGAUGAUUAAGCGGCGGGCAGAGGAGAGAAAACUGCAGAAAGCCAGCGAGGAGGAAGGGAAGGAGCCCGUGCCAGACGAGAAGGACAACGUGGAUGCCACCGAGGAAGGAAAGGAAGAGCCUGGUGAGGAGGGAGGGCGGCGGCAGAAAAUGGAGCUGUUUGUCAGGGAAAGCUUCAAGGCCAAGGAUGAGCUAUUCCUGGAAAAGUCGGGUCUCGUGGGGGAGCUGCCCGUGGACGUCACCGGAGCCACUGAAGGCCAGGGGCCAGGGGGGGCACCCCUGGAGGAGACCCUGAAGCCGGCCGCCCCCGGAGCUGCCUGCGGAGACUCGCCCCCCAAGACCGCGGCCACCGAGGGUGCGUUAGGCACGGGACUUGAUGGAGAGGAAGACUUGGGAACCACCAAAUCGGAGGCAAAGGAGAAGCUCUUCAUCGAUGACCUGCCUGACUUGGAGGACGAGGACGCCGGUGAGCCUCUGGACGGCCAGGACGAGGUGCGCGCUCCAAAGGUUACAGCCAUCUCGAGCUCAAGUGACGACAGUGACCCUGAGCUGGACUACUCCUCACUCCCAGAGCUGGAAAACAUCCCAGAUACCCUUUCAAACAUAUUCGCAAUCCCCAAGGACACCUCGAGGAAGGCCGAGACGCCCUUUACAGGCAUACUGAAAGCGGCAACAGCAAAGAGGGUCUCGGAAACCCCAAGUCUUAGGGACGCUGAGUCCCCACGCCCACUGAUUCAAGAGCUCCACGACGACGAGGGACCUUCAGGCCAACCACCGACGCCCCCAACCUGCCGAAGGGACACCGCACCGCCCCCUUCCAGUGAGGACGGGGACAGCGGCCUACCCUCAGCCUCUCCCCCAGGAAACAUCGCCGAGAAGAAUGGGCCACGGUUGGAGACGGAGCUCGCAGAGCCCGAGGCGGGAGGCCGCGAGGACACUGAAUUUGGCUCGGACUGAACCCCAAGGUGACCCUUCCGCCCCUAGACCGAUGGGGACGGUGAGCCCGUGACCAGGGCCCCCCGUGGGCGCAGCCCCCCCUUGGCCGGGCUCCCCUUGCUUCCAAAGAGCUGCCCUUGCUGAGGGCGCCGGGUGCCCGGCUCCCCCCAUGCCGGCACCCCCCCCAAGUGCGGACGGCGCUGCAGUCCCCCUCAAAAGCACAACGUGUCGCCCCCCUCCACCCCCCCAUCCUCCACGGUGUGAACUGUGUAACCACGCACGUCUCCCACGAGCAUUACAGACACACCAGGACCCACCGAGUCAGGACGUUAUUUAAUCUGUGCGAGUCGUGUGCGCCUUUCCCUCAGGUGCCCCGAGAAAAGGACCAGUCUCCUCACGUGUGAUAAGAAAUCUGGGUGAAGUCCUGGUGUCCUGUGGCGUUCUGGGGGCCCCUUCCCCCCCAGGACAGCAGGAUCUUUCACUGAGCCACAUGCCUCGGAGGACGUCAAUUCACGCAUUACAUGUCAAAAGCCACGUAAGGGGAGGCUGCUGGGCUCGGGCUCAGCGGCCGAGUUUAUUCAAUCCCUCAACGCGGGACCGAGUGUCUCCCCCUAGAGAACAUUAGAUCCUUGUCGAAACUGCUCAACAAACACCAACUAACCAGCACCAGCAGCCUCCCUGAGCACGGCGAGGCACCCACACCGUGACCACAAUGUCGACGGGGCCCCUGCUUUUAACCACAACACUGUCCCCUGCAGGGAACGAAUCCCAACAACACGGACCUUCAGGCCUUUGCACGGGUCGACGGGACCACCGGGGCCUUUGCAACGUGAGGUCAGGAAGGAUCUUCAAGCAAUAGCAUAAACAGGGAGAAACGACUAUUUUGCUGUCCCCGUGGCUCUGACUUGGCUCCCGAUCAUUUCUGGGGUAUUUCCUGCAGUCCCGUGACCUCCAGGAAGCAGAAAGGUCUGCCCCCUGGAGACUGUUCUCUCCACUUCCUGGGCUCCAGCCUGGAAGGGGCAGCUGUCGGAGAAGAAGGGCUCUCGGGGUGGGGGAGCAGCUUCCCGGGGCCUCAGAAGCCCAUGCGGGGCCUUCUCCUCCUCGGCUGAGAGCCCGAGGGGACAGGCGCCUGCUGCCUGGAGGGGGUGGCCCGGACGCUGGAGGUCUGGGAAGAGGGCAAGGCGGCACCUCCCAGCGUGUGCCUUCGGAGCGGCCGCUCCGCUGAGCCAUCCUGGAGGGGCUGCUGCCUGGAGGGGGUGGCCCGGACGCCGGAGGCCUGGGACAGGGGUGAGGAGACGCCUCCUGGGGGGUCCCCACGGAGCGGUAGCUUGGCCAUGUAGUCCCGGAGCGUCUGCUGCCUCUCCGAGGGGACACCCCGAGCCCACAGCUCCUGGGUCAGCUCCUGGGAGGGCGGGGUCACCGGUGGUUGAGGCCUGGCCUCAGGGGACGUCCGGUCUGGGCUACGGGGGGGGCUGGUGGCGUCCGACAGGUCCAGGCGGCCGCUGAGCGAGGAGAAAGUGCUGGACAGCUGAGUCCGGCGCUUGUGCCGCUGGGGCCGUUUCCCGGGCCCCGAGCUCCCGCCCUGCUGGCUCUCCCACCAGGCGGCCGCCCGGCCUUCCCAGGCUGCCUCCAAACGCGCACUGAGCUCGUCCUCGGGGCCUGGCUCGGGGGCAGGGGGUGGCUCCGCAGAGGGCGCGGCGCCCAGGUCCCUCCGCAGCAGGAGUCGCCCUUGGGCCAUGGCCGCACGGAGACCCUCCGGCACCUUUUGUUCCAUCCGCCGCGGUUCCACGCAGCCUAGCACACGGCGGUGGGAGAAGUUGGGUGCUGCCCACACGGGGGGAGGCAGGGGUACCUCCAGCAGGGCCUUCAGCCACCGGCCGCAGCGGGCGGUGGCCUGGGGAGUCCAGGAAGCCACGGGGGCACCGGAGGCAAGCCCGGGGUCCACCUGGAGGCGGAGGCGCUGGUGGAAGACAUCCCCAGCCGCGGAAAGCUGGAAGAGGAACAGGACCGGAGCGGAGGCAGAGGGCAGGAGCACGGCAGCCAGACCUGGAGAUGGGAGUGAUGGUGACGCCAGGGCCGGGGAGGGGGGGAGGGUGCAGCCCCCCCACCCCCACUCGCUCCCCUGCCCCAGCGCACCUAUGGUUGGCGCUUUCAGACGCUCCUGCAGCCGCCACUGACUCUUGGGCUCCAGCAGGGGGAACGCGGAGAGGGAGUCGCUGCUGGAGGGGAGAGACUGGGGGGGGCCCGCCAGCCGGGGCGCGGAGGCCCCCGUUCCUGGAGGAAGGACGGGGAGCUGAGGGGCCGCCCAUCAUCCUGCGCCCCUGCCCCCGGCCCCGCCCGGCCCCUCACCUGCGAGCUGCAGCAGCCGCAGGUGCCCGCCCUGGCCCCCCAGCAGCAGCGGCUGUGCGUGCCCGGGCUGGGGCGGGGGCAGCAGCUGGGCAAACAGGGGGGCGGAGGGGAGGUCGUGAUUCCACUUCAGCAGGGGCACCAAGGGGAGGCGCUCAUCCACCAGGUAGAGCGAGAACUGGGGGCGACAAGAAACAGAGAGACCCAGGGCUGUGACUAUGUGAUCGGGGGUGGGGGGAGACACGACCAAGGGUACGUGACCAGACUGCAGGGGCAUCUGAUGGGGGUGAAUGUGGGGGAGGCUGCGACCAAGGGGCACUGCGACCGAGGGGAUGCGACCAGACCCAGGGGGCCAUGGGUGACUGCCCAUGACCGGAGGGGGCACGCGACUGAGGCGCGAGAGAAGUGUUUGAUGAGACGGGUAGCUCUGUGUCCCCCGUGUAUCCCGGCUCUCGAGAUGAGCCGAGGCCCCAGAGCUGACCCAGCGCUGUGGCUGCCCUGCCCGCCUCUCCCCCCACCCCCGGCUAGUGUCCUAUGGGAGGCAUUUCCCGGGUGCAUCAGUCAUCCCGAGUGCCACGCAGGAACAGGCUCUCAGGAGAGGUGCAGAGGAGUCUUGUCACACAGGAACCCACUGGGCCUUCCUCGAGCCCGCCCAAGCCUGCAACCUACGUUCGACACCCACCUACUAACACCCCAAGAGUCCUGGGGGGUGUGGGGGCGGGCCCUCGGGGGAAUCUCAGAUGCCCUGUGACACCCCAUGCCUUUCUUCCCUCACCUGGGCCAUCCCUGGGGCUGCCUUAAAGCUCUGCUCAGAUGUGUCCUCCCCGCGGGGAGGUCCCACCCACCGGUCAGCACAUUUCAGGGGCUCAUCAACUUAUCGGAAGAGUCUCUGGGAUGUCGUCUCUGUGAUUCCUAUUGUGACCAUCGUCUCUGGGACGGCGUAAGGGGGAGGAGGGAAGGGACCGCUCACCUGGGUCAGGAUGAGAUGGAACGUGGGGCACAGGGGCUCAGGGCUGCACCCCCCCAGGUACCGGGUCAGCAGGACGCGCUCCCCUUUCUGGCACGCUGCUUCUGCACCCCCACGAAAGAGCAGCAGACCACACCCGGGUGGGCCCUGGGGGAAGAACCCAGGUCAGCUCCCCCGCGCAGCCGGGGGCCGCGGCAAGACCCCUGAUAGUCCCCCCACCAGUGGCCCUCUGGGGAAGCCCCCUCCCCGGCUCUGCCCUCCCCCGUGUACCCGCUCUGUCCCCCUGCUGUGCCGAUGCUGGUCCCCUCCCCUCACCUGAGUGUCGAUAAUUUUCACUCCAGUGCGGUCACCCACGGUCAGCACCCGGGGAUGGGCCGUGAAGUCUGCCCAGCGCCAGGGAGACGGGUCCCGGAACACAAGGGUCUCGGGGUCCUUGUAGAUUUGCUGCAGCCUUGGGGAGACGGGCCAGCCGUGGGCGGGGAGACGGGCUGAUAGGGGGGUGGGUACCGGGGUGACACGGCCCAGGGUCCAGGACGCGCCAAGGUAGAGGAGUGCCACAGGAAGGGGGCAUACCCAUCCUGGGGGGUCCACAGACAGACGGCUCCCGAACGGCUGCAGACGGCCAGCUCCCCAGGCAGGUGAGGGCUGCGGGGCACAACUGGGGUCAGCUGACCUCCCCUUUCCCAAGCCCACCCCCUCGCAGGCCAGCCCAUCUGAGCCCCUCACCUGAGGCUGAUCCCUGUGGCCCCCUUCCCGAUCUGCAGCACCUGGAGGGGGGCGGGGCGCCCCUGCUUACUGACCUUCCACAGGGCACAGUGGUAGUCAGACCGGACAGCCAGCAGGGCUGAGGGGUGGAGAGGGUCAGGGUCAGGGUCAGGCAGCAGGCCGGUCAGUGAGGGGGAAAGGACGGAGGAAGGGGGUGUCCCAGGGACUCACCUUCCCCUUGCACGGUGUGAGUCGCCACCUGCCGGACAGGCCCUCGGAGCUGGAUGUGGCCAGGGUCGCCGAGGGCCUGGGGGUCACCCCCUGGGGCCACGCUGACCUCUUGGAAAUCUGGGCCUCUCGCUAAGGACAAGUGUGUGAGCUCCGGUCACCGCGAGUCCCCGACGUCCUGCCCUGAGACCACGCCGGGGGCAUCUCUCGCCCCACGGGGAGCCGCCUCCACGCCCUCUGGCCCGCCGGGAAAGGAUACGCAGCUUGUCUAGGGCGCCUCCCGCAGGGUAGACCAACUGUCCCACCUGGGGCGUCCUUCCGGGCGCCCAGGCCAACGCGCCCCCGGUAAACGCGUCGUCCAGGAGGAGCCGCUCCCACCGCGUGGCCAGCUCCUCCUGCAGAAGCUCUCCCAGCAGGCCGGCCGCAGACGUGCCCAGGACGGGGCCCCCGAGGAUGGAGAACCGGCGCUGCCGGAAGCUGAGGGAAGCCCAGGGACACCUGGGG